CACAUCAAUUCAGGCUAAAAGGUCCUUCAAUACAGAAUAAAUUAAAAAAUUGGUGUGUGUGUGUGUGUGUGUGUGUGUGUGUGUGUGUGUGUGUGUGUGUGUGUGUGUGUGUGUGUGUGUGUGUGUGUGUGUGUGUGUGUGUGUGUGUGUGUUUUCAGAUGGCCGUGGACAGUGGUAAGACCGUAGAGCUGGCAGCACUCGGCCGGCCCUUCAGUCUGGGGAUGCUCUACGACUGUCGCAACGACUCACUGAUCCCCGCUCUGUCACUUUGGGACCGGGAAGCCUUGGAGAAAUAUACAGAUGAAAGACCACAACCCAACAGUGACUUUGAGAUAGUUGCAUCCGACUCCAUUGAAGACAAAUUUUCUGCAUUGAAUGUUGAUGGUUCCAUGAAAGCCAGUUUUCUCUGUGGACUGGUUGAGAUAGAAGGCUCUGCUAAAUUUCUAUCAAAUUCUAAGAGUUCCAGGAAUCAGGCUAGAGUGACACUAAAAUACUAUACCACCACCAAGUUUCAACAGCUGUCAAUGAAUCACCUUGGUCAAGGUAAUAUGAAGUAUUCAGAUGUGUUGAAGUCGGAACAAGCAACACACGUAGUGACAGGAAUCCUUUAUGGGGCACUAGCCUUCUUUGUGUUUGACCGUGAAGUGUCAAAAAAGGAAGAUCGACAAGACAUCGAGGGCAAUCUAAAGGGGCUGAUCCAGAAGAUACCCAAAUUGACGAUAGACAGUCAAGGUAAUCUGAACAUGGCAGACAAGGACAAGGAAAAUGUUGACAAGUUCUCCUGCAAGUUCCAUGGGUACUUUAACCUUGAGAAACACCCUGUGUCCUUUGAUGAGGCUAUAAAAGUAUAUCAAAGCCUACCUCAGCUAAUCGGUACCAAAGGAGAGAACGCAGUGCCGCUGAAGGUCUGGUUAUUGCCACUGAAGGCUCUAGAUUCUGCUGCUGCUGAACUGGUUCGAGAGAUAAGUGAUAGAUUAGUCAGGGAUGCUCAGAAUGUCCUGGAGGACCUCAGCGAGCUGGUAAGGACAUGCAACGAUGCAGAAAAAUGUGAAAUAUUUCAGCAUUUUCCACAGAUCAACAAAAAGGUAAAAGCUUUCAAAGAACUGGUUUCUCAGUAUAAACUGGAAUUCGAGAGUAAUAUGGCAAAGAAUAUCCCAUUGAUCCGAGGAGGAAGAGAGAAGGAAGGUGUUCUCGCAGAGAUCCUGAAAAAAGUACAUUCUUCCCCCUUCAAAAUAAAUGAACUGAAUCAGUGGAUGGAAUCCAAAGAGAUAGAAAUUAAAACCAUCUGCUCGUGGAUUGACAAAAUGCCUAACCUGACGAUUCUUACCAAUCCCAGGACUCUGCACCAUGAAUUACACAGUGGAGAUAUCCCGCAUGCUGUGUGCUUUGCUUUUACCUCCCUCGAAACCCCAGAGCCUUACCUCUCAGCUCUGUCCAAUUUCUUGGAUGAAACCCAACCAGACAACGUGCCAUGUGCUUAUGUGGAAAAGGAACAAUGGUUCUUCUCAAAUGACGUAAUGGAUAAAGUGAAAGAGAAAUUAAAGCUCUUCCAAGAUUUUGCAGAAGCCAACAAGGAGAGCAACAGCAUUAAGUUUCUAACAGCUGCAAUAAGAGAUGAUGAAAAGAAAGGUGCAACUCUCCAACUCUACAAGGAUGGCUCCUUAGUCACCGACAACUUUGAACCACCUUUGAAGCCGAAGAUGAUCCCAGGAGCCACUGGGGCGGGGAAGUCCACCCUGAUCAACAGGAUGAUCAACUACAUCCUGGGGGUCACAUGGGACGAUACCUUUAGAUUCAAGUUGGUAGACGAAGACACAAACAAGUCUCAGGCUCACAGCCAGACCUCUGAAGUCACCGUGUACAAGCUCAACCACCGAGAGUGCUUCCAGAUCGACUACUCCCUGACUAUUGUGGACACACCGGGUUUCGGCCACACGGGAGGCAAAGAUAAAGAUUUGUUGAUUGUACCUAAGUUACAAAGGCUUUUCUCAGCUAAACAUGGAGUCAGCGAGAUUGAUGCCAUCUGCUUCGUGGCCCAAGCAUCUCUCGCUCGGCUUACAGAAUCACAGAAACAUGUCUUUAACUCUGUACUCAACAUAUUUGGCAAAGAUGUGGCAGAGAACAUCCGGAUUUUGGUGACAUUCUCAGAUGGCACAAAACCUCCGGUUCUCGAGGUGAUCAAAGAAGCUGAGGCUACCUGCGUCGAAUGCAAGUGCCCUCUAUCGGCGCAUGUCCAUGAUGGUUUCUAUUGGGGCUCCGAGACGGUGAAAGAGAAACGAACCUACGAGGAGCUGAAAAAAAAGUAUGAGGAGGCCUCUAAGGCAGCAAUGUCCAUUGGUGACAUCAUCAAACAGAUGGAGCAGGAGUACGACUGCCUAAAGGACGAGUUGGUCAUGCUGAUGGAGCGCGCAGCCCAGUGUCUCAACACCCUGAAGGAGAUCGCUCUGAGGCCCGAUCCACUGACAAUACCUCAAUACAUCGACCUGCUGAUGGAAGGAGAGCGUGGCUACCCGGAGCGCAAAAAUCAACUCCUGGAGCUAAAGAAAAAGGCCUUUACCAUGGAGAAUGUUGCUAGCGGGGCCACAGUCAUGUUAGCGGGGCCACAGUCAUGUUGA